AUGUUUAACCCGACUCCUUCGCUCUCAGCGAUGGUAGUGAACAAGUACAAGCUUAGGAGCAACAUCAAAAGCUUCAACCUUGGUGGGAUGGGUUGUAGCGCAGGCAUAAUAGCCAUCGAUCUUGCUAAGGACUUGUUGCAAGUUCAUAAGAACACUUAUGCUCUUGUGGUGAGCACAGAGAAUCUCAGCCGCAACAUGUACAUUGGGGAUAACAGAUCUAUGCUUGUCACCAACUGCUUGUUCCGUGUUGGUGGAGCAGCGAUCUUGCUCUCCAACAAGUCCAAAGACCGAAGGCGUUCCAAGUACAAGCUGGUUCAUACGGUACGGACACAUACCGGAGCUGAUGACAAAUCUUUUAGAUGUGUGCAGCAAGAAGAUGAUGUUAAGGGCAAAACAGGAGUCUCUUUAACCAAAGAUAUAACCUCUGUUGCGUCAAGAACCAUUACCAAAAACAUUGCCACUUUGGGUCCGUUGGUUCUUCCCGUGAGCGAAAAGUUUCUUUUUCUCAAAACUUAUAUCCACAAGAAAUUCUUUGACGACAGGAUUAAGCAUUACGUCUCGGAUUUUAAGCGUGCCAUUGAUCAUUUUUGUAUCCACGCUGGUGGGAGAGCUUUGAUCGAUGAGCUUGAGAAGAACUUGGGGCUAUCACCAAUAGACGUGGAGCCGUCGAGAUCAACUUUGCAUAGGUUUGGUAAUACUUCUGCGAGCUCUGUUUGGUAUGAGUUGGCUUACACGGAGGCUAAAGGGAGGAUGAAGAAAGGUAACAAAGCUUGGCAGAUUGCUUUAGGGUCAGGGUUUAAGUGUAACAGUGCGGUUUGGUUGGCUCUACGCAAUGUCGAACCUUCGGUUAAUAGUCGGUGGGAACAUUGCAUUGCCAAAUACCCGGUUAAGCUUGAUCUCUGA